AUGAGCCCUGAAAACUGGACUCAGAUAACAGAGUUUGUCCUUCUGGGUUUCCCCAGCAGCCACAUCCUGCAGAUCCUGAUGUUCUUGGGGUUAAUGGUGACUUAUGUUACAACAGCCACAGGCAACCUGCUAAUUAUCGUGCUCAGCUGGAGGGACCGACGCCUGCACACACAGAUGUACUUCUUCCUGCGGAAUCUAUCCUUCCUGGAGCUGUUACUGAUAUCUGUUGUGGUUCCCAAGAUGCUGGUCAUCCUCCUCACAGGAGAUCAGACCAUCUCGUUUGCCAGCUGCAUCACCCAGUCCUACCUCUACUUCCUCUUGGGCACCACCGACUUCUUCCUGUUAGCUGUCAUGUCUCUGGAUCGUUACUUGGCAAUCUGCUGACCACUCCACUAUGAGGUCCUCAUGAGUGGCCCUGUCUGUUCCCAGCUGGUGCUAGCCUCCUGGCUGGCCGGAUUCCUCUGGGUUCUCUGCCCCACCAUCCUCAUGGCCAGCCUGCCUUUCUGUGGCCCCAACAGUAUUGACCACUUCUUUUGUGACAGUUGGCCCUUGAUGAAGCUCUCCUGCGGGGACACCCGCCUGCUGGAGCUGGUGGCUUUUGUGCUGUCCACGUCCGUGUUGCUGAGCUCACUGGCCCUCACCUCAGCAUCCUACAUCUGCAUUCUGGCCACUGUCCUCAGGGCUCCCACGGCAGCCGAGCGCAGGAAGGCCUUCUCCACCUGUGCCUCACAUCUCACCAUGGUGGUCAUGGUCUACGGCAGCUCCAUCUUUCUCUACAUCCGCCUAUCAGAGGUUCAGUCCAUGCUGCUCAGCAAAGGUGUCUCGGUGCUGAGCUGCAUCCUCACACCGCUCCUGAACCCUUUCAUCUUCACUCUCCGCAACGACAAGGUCAAGCAGGCCCUGCGGGACGCCUGAGGCUUUCCAAGGCUCACAGCCCCAGAAAGAAAGGGAGAAGAUAAGAACAAGGAAGAUACCCACCCGUUUGGAGUCUUGCAGCAUUUUUAUGAAGAUAACAGUUAUGAAGCACAAGAUGAUGAUGAUGACGAUGACAACAACAGUGACCUUAAGAAACUGUGA